AUGUCACUUUUGUUUGCUUUAAAAGAAUUAGGGUUACCUGGUUCCCAAAGUGGAAUGCAGUUUAACAAUGACGUCCUCUUCUUCGGGAGUUAUGUUUCCUCUCUUGAUGUCUGA